CAACAAUUAACAACAAAUAGAUCCAAUAUUUUUAAACUGCGAGAUAACCUUUAACAAUAUCUCGUUUGACUAAAGCCGGCGAGCAUCAGUUGUGUUUAGUUUCUCUGUGAAGUGAUACCAAGGUGUGUCGAUGUCUGCGGAGUACAGCGCGAGGAUCACGGUGACUGGCGGAAUGGGGGGCAACGGGGACGUGUACAAGAGGACCUUUAAUGGGAGCUGCGCUGUGGGGCUCAAGAAGGGAAAGGGUUCCAUUGCCCAGAGAGCUGAAGCGUACUUGCAGGCUGUGAGCAAAAGCCAGGGGCCGUCGCCCAAGGUGACUGCAUCAUCGAAGCCACAGCUGCCGCGCCUGGAGGUGGUGUCGCGGGUCGCCGCCAUCCCCAUUGUGGAGUCCGGGAUCGGGGUCACGGAGAAGAUAUACUUCAGGAUCAAGGAGUCGAACCCCCUGUUCCGCUGGUACCUGUCCCUGUACGAGAAGACGCUGAGCACGGGCGUCCAGCUGGCGCUUCCAGCAGUGCAGCUGCUGGAGUCGCCCAUCCAUCAGCUGGACCGGUUCCUGUGCGCGUCGCUGGACGUGGUGGAGAAGAGAGUGCCCUCUAUACAUCUGCCUCCGCAAACUAUGUACAGUGAAACCCGACAGUACGUUCUCCGGCGGGCGGACUCCGUGAAGCAACUCGGCACUGCCGUGCUGGACUCCCGCGUUACCUGCGCGACCGCCAGCGCGCUGGACCGCGCGCUGUCCACCGCCGACAAGUACGUGGACAAGUACCUGCCGCCCGACACCAAGGACCCCGUGGACGUGAGCAUCAUAGUCCAAGACGCGGAGAGCUCCGGCUCGGGCGGGCGCGCGGCCGCGGCCCAGGCCGUGCAACAUGGCGCGCGACUCCGCCGCAAGCUGCAGAGGCGUCUCACGCGUCAGGCGCUCGCCGAGGCCAAGGCUAUCCGCGAGCAGAUCCACGUGCUCGUCUACGUGGCAGAACUAGUGGCUACGGACCCUGUCUUGGCUUGGAAGAAGGCCAAGGAGCUGUACUCGUCCCUGAGUCAGCCAGAGCCAGAGAACCAGGCGCGGCCGGAGACGCUGGAGCAGCUGGUGGUGCUGCUGGCGCGCGAGACGGCCCGCAAGAUGGUGCACCUGGUCAACUACACGCACACGGAUUUGCCCAGAAACGUGAGCACAGGCUUGGCGGUGGUGACUAAGCAUCUCUCCGGUGCCGCCGACGCGCUCCUCAAGACGCUGCCGGUAGACUCCGCGCUGGCCGAGGUUCGCAGCUGGAGGAGCAAGUUGGAGCAGUUGCUGCACCAGCUGCAGGCUAGCUCUAAGGUCUAUUUGGAGCACCUAGCCAUCUUCCUGGCGGGCAACGAAGAGAGAGAGAAGAUCGCGCCGCGCUCCUCGCUGGACCAGCGCGAGGACCUCGCCGCCAUCAACGGAGUCAACUAGCUCACCUUUACCAUCGUCCUCACUUGUUUGCUGCUGACUGACCGUUUGUAGUUCUUAUUGCAACGAGAUAAGUUCUACCAACGAUCACUGUGCUGCUGUUACUAUAUGCAUACUAGGAUAUAAUUAUGUUUAGUUACGUAUAACAAGAAAUUAGCAAGAUAGUAGAGCACUGAAGGCAGACUGCGAACAUCGAAACUUCGUUUUUCGCCUCCCUAUCGCUCGAAUAUCCAAGAGCGAUAGAGAGGCAUAUAAUGGAUUUUCGAUUUUCGAUAUCCACAGUAGGCUAUUCGGACGGUGCUACCAUUUGUGCCUUAUUAUUUUGUCUACUGGUGGGUCUACCUCCGUGCACCGCUUCGCUGGCUUACAUGUGAAUGUCCUCAGAAGAGACGGGUGGUAGCGCGAGCCGCAGGCGAGGCCGAACAAUAUAUCGUCUUUUCUUACUAUGGUCUUUAAAAGUAUGUGUAUUUUUAAAAGUUAUUAAUUUAUGAAAUACCCAAAUUUUAAAUGUAAUUAUUUUAUUUUGUGACUGCAAAGAUAUUAUAAUGAGCAUCUUAUUUUAUUUAAAUAUUAUUUACCAAUUUUGGAUGUUAUUCCUUGUUAGAAUAAAGAGUUCUCUAUCAAUUAUCUUUUAUCAUAACAAUUUUAUUUAUAGUUUUAUUAUUGUAAACUUAUUUGUAUUAUUUUGGUGUUGAUCAUUAUGUAGAAUAAUACAAUAUAAAGUUUUCAAUACA